AUGAGUAAACGUUCACUCGGAUUGAAUCAGUAUCAUUCGGAAAGUGAUGAGAGCGAGGAAGAAGAAAUUAAUUAUCACCAUGACAAAACAAUAGACUCUUCGGGAGAUGAAAAAAUGAUAGGAAGAAAUGAUAAAUUGAAGAGAAAAUUGGAAAAAGUGCGGAGGAUAAAAAACUCAAUGACUAAAAAGAGAAAACAAGACAACAAACCCGAACCAUCUAGUUCCUCAUCCUCUGAAAACAAUACUACCAGUAAUAAUGCAGAAAAUAAUGUACAAGUAGGAACGGGCUCCUCUUCAAUUUCCUCACCUGGAGAAAAUUUCAAAUCAUACAUGUUCUUACCGUGUAAUUUUAGCGAUAAGAUGAUCAAGUCUGUUGAUGAAUUACUCCGAGAAGUACUGUAUAGAGACCCAUAUAAUUUUCUAACAUUUAAUCCAUGUAGCUCGAGUGAUCCUUUUUUUGUUGGAUAUCAUGUAAGCCUUUCAAAAACUUUCAAUAUUGAAAAGAAGAAGGCACAAGAGUUUAGAACAAAUCUCGAAAAGUCAUUGAAAGAGAAUGUAAAAUCACCCAUUUUUAUAUCCUUUAAAAGCGUCAGCAUGUAUUUAGGAUCAAAUAAUUUAACUCCUUCCGAUACCAAGCCUACAUUUGCUAUAUAUUUAGCAUUUGAUUUGACGGAAGAAAGUGAGAAGCGCAUUGAAAACCAAAUUUCAAAAUCUCUCUGUAAACCGUCCUCCAAUGGAAAAUCUCUCAUGAAUGAGAGUGAUUUGUGGUUUUCUAACAAACAUAUUUCAUUCGCUUGCCGAUUUUUCCACGACAAGGAAUCACAAGUAACAUAUUACCGAGAAUGUUUGAAACAAUUUACGAAAAACACUUCUGACAAUUAUCCUACCCAUUUCAAAAUUUGCUCCAUUCACACAGCGGCACAACAUUUAAUUGGAACAAACUUCAAUUGCAGCGAGAGCAACAGAAUGACUGCCAGCGAAGCCAGAAAAGAAAUUCUCUCUAGCAAAGUGCAAUGCAAAAACAUUGAGUUGCACAUUGGUGUAAAAACAUUUUCAAUCCCUCUGCCCGAUGUUCAAGAAACUGUCCCUUCUCCUCCAACACAAUUGAUCAUUUCAUUUUCAUUCAUUGAUGAGUAG